GCGUCUCUCUGAGUUUGGAGUCCGUCUUGGAGGCAGCGCUCUUGGUACAGGAGCUGUAAAUCCCAAACGCGGAGAGCCGAGUGCCUCGCAUUGACCCUGCCACCUGCCAAGCCCCUGCGGCCCGUGAGGACCUACUUAUCGGACACUUAAUAUACUCUUGCUGUCUACCCUGUGUGCACGUGCCCUUGCUGUUUACCCCGCUUAACGUGCAGGGUGCUGUCCACCCGCUUGCCCGGUCUCCUGGGGUGUACCCACUGAAUGAGCUCUGACUGUGUGUACUGUCGUAUGUGCUCCUGCUGAGUGUCCAGCGUGGACGCGGUGCUGCCGUGUGACCGCCGCGGAUGUGCCAGCUCUUGGGCCUGAGGCGUCCUGCAGGUGUGUCAGCUGGAGGCGGGCAGAACCGGGAACGUGCUGACUUUGCCCUUAUAGCCUCUGCUCCCAGCGGGCGGGUCGGCAGCGCCCGGAAAGCCCGAGAACCCGGGCUCAGCAGCGCCUUUCUCUUGGCGACGCGGGCUUACUCAUAGAGCCAUGAGGAACACCAGCAAGGAGGUCCAGGGCACCGCUCACCGCUAUGCUCCCUGUGAUUGGUAUUACCACGUACCUGUGAAGCGCUCUGAAAAGGCUGUGGGUGCCCCUCCAGCAUCCCAGAUCCCAGGGCUCAAUGACUUGGGAGACUCCCCAAAUGGGAACUUGCCCCGUGCUCGGAGAUACUGGAUAAAAGAAACAGAUUCGGAGUAUGUGAAACUGGCGAAGCAAGGCGGUAGACCUGAUUUGUUGAAGCACGUUGUUCCUGGUUCCAGGAAAGGCUCCCCAGUAGCCUACUCCUUGCCAGACUGGUAUAUUCACAACAGCAAGCCUCCGACAGCCCACCAGCGUGAAGUCCCUGCAGUCUCCAUUCCAGAUUACAUGGUGUAUGAAGAAUUCAACCCCGAUCAGGCCAAUGGUAGCUAUGAGUCCAGACUAGGCCCCUUUGACUUUGACAUGAAAACAGUUUGGCAGAGAGAGGCUGAGGAACUCAAAAAUGUGAAGAGAAAGGUGAAACUGCCGGCCAUUAAUUCCAAGAAUCCUACCAAACCAGGGACCCCAGUUAGCAACAAAGACCUUGACGGGAGCAGACUGUCAUUGCCUCCCAUGCCUGGUCAAAAAACUGGUUCACCAACAAACUUUUCCAAACUUAUCAGCAAUGGUUAUAAGGAUGAGUGGUUACAGCAGCAGAGAGCUGAUUCUGACAAGAGGACUCCAAAGACGUCCAAGACAACCUCGCCCACUGAGUCCACACAAGAGUCUGAAAGCACCCAGGACACAGAGACACCCCAAGAUCCAGGGGCACCUGAAGACUCUGAGAAGACUCCAGAUGCAGAAGCUUCCCCACCACCAGAGUCAACACCAGCAGAGCUCAAAUAAGCCCAGAGAAGCUAUCCCGGACAAUCUUUCUCGUUGUUUUCUGUGGAGUGACGAUGGACAGCUAUAUUUGCAGGCUCCUGUUGUAUUUGUUAAUGUAGAGUCUUACGGGACAACUAGCCUUGAGUAUAGUUGGGGUCACCAUAGCAAACACAGGGUAAGUGUGGGGGGUUGUUUUUUGCAUUUCUCUGGAGUGGCCUUGCUGCCUGAGGAUGUCUGGAACCAGAGUCUUCCUCAAGCUUACCUCAAAAGUCCUCCACACCGAAGUGUGGAGUGUCGCUCUAAGACUCUGAAAGGGAAGAAACGCACAAGCUGCAGCUUUUUCCUGCGUUUGGUCCCAUAAUCUUUAUAGAAACAAUUUCCCAUUACACAGAAAUGACUAAUUCCAGAGCUUUCUGAUGUAAUUUGCCAUAACAAAGUUAUAUUAUGCCUUAAAGCAUUAUAACAUUAGCUCAUUUUUUUCCUAAUAGUUUGAACACAAACUGCAGCCCAAAAUACUAGAUAUUUAUUAUUUUAUAUACUUUAGGUUAAAAAAUCCAUAUAUAUCUUUAAUCUUAAUCAGGCUGUUUUAAUAGGCCUCAAAGAAAUGUUUUAGUAAUCAGACCGAAUGCUCUUGUUUUAUAAAUUUCAUUGUUGUUUCUAUGUUAGUAAUUAACAUUAAAAUAUUUUAUAUUUUAUUAUCAAUAAAACAGUAAUAUUAUCAGGAAAAGUUUCUAGAAAACCAGAUAAGGUCAGUACUUUAGUGUCAUUCCUGGAACUAACUUAUCAUGCAUUUGCUUAGUUAAAGUUGAAAUUUUAAAUAGGUUCUUUAACUGAAAUAUUUAAUUGAGCACUUACAUCUCUAUUGCUACUAUGGGAAAUAUAUAUACUAUACAAAAAUAUAAAUAACUAUACGUAUUCAAUAAAAAUAAUAUAUCACUACAA